AUGGAAGCUUUGCCAAUUCUGGUGAGCAGUGUUAAGGCUAUACAGCAGGAACUAUCUGAAUUCAAAAUGAUCAAAGCAGAAUUUGCGGACAUGAAAUCGUCGAUUGAUUAUUUGAAGAGUGAUUUCGUCGCGGCUGCAAGGAAACAUAAACUAUUGAAGAUCGGUGAACUUGGAUUACCAGGCGAGAACAGGGUCUAUAUCAAUGACCACUUAACACUGGACAACAAAAUCCUACUAAAUAAAACGAAAGCUCGAGACAAAGAACGUGGUUUCGAACACGUAUGGGUCAAAGGAUGUAAACAUUUUAUAAGAAAAAACCACAUUUCACCAAUGCAUCACAUCAAAACAGAACAUGACCUGAAAAAGUUUUUAUUCUAA